AAAUAAAGUUAAUGUUUAAAGGUAAAAAAAAGUAAUAAUAAAAAUACGUAAUUUUUCCAAGGUCCUUACUCUUUGGUGUGGACGUAGGGAUUACGUUCAGAAAUAAAUUUGAAAAAUAUGAAAAUUAAAAGGCAGUAUGCAACCAACUUUCCACACGCUAAUAGCUACAUAAAGUUUUUGAUCAACUGGAUUAAAAAGCACGUUUCCUAAUUUAUGCAUUUUCUUGACAUAAUAAUGAGUAAGAAAAAACUUAUAUCUAUACAAAGUUAUUUUGGUAUUUUACAGGUGAUUGAAGAUGUCAAGCAACGUGAACACAGAAGACGACGUGAUCCUGUCAGGGCUGUCGGGCCGCCUGCCCGAGUCUGAUAGCAUCGAAGAGUUCGCGCGGCAGCUGUUCGCCGGCGUGGACAUGGUCACCGCCGACGACCGCCGCUGGACGCCGGGUUGGUACGGGUUGCCUGAUCGGAGCGGCAAGCUGAAGAACUUGGCUCACUUCGACGCAUCUUUCUUCGGCGUGCAUCCCAAGCAAGCGCAUUUUAUGGACCCGCAGUCGCGUCUGCUGCUAGAAGUGACGCACGAGGCCAUGGUGGACGCCGGCUACAACCCCGUCGAGCUGCGUGGCUCACGCAGCGGGGUCUACGUAGGACUCACCCGCUCAGAGAGCUUUGGUGCGUGGUCCGGCGACAAGGACAAGAUCAAUAGUUACAUUGUAACUGGCUGUAGCAGCUCAAUGAUCUCAAACCGAGUUUCAUACGCAUUUGAUUUAAAAGGACCCUCGAUAUCAAUGGACACCGCCUGUUCAAGUGCUAUGAACGCGAUGGCCCUGGCCGUGAACGAUAUCCGCAGUGGCCGCUGCGACUCCGCAAUAGUCGCCGGCACAAAUCUAUGCCUUGAUCCGGCCUCUGCACUUAACUACCAUCGGUUGACCAUGCUCUCGCCUGAUGGUCGUUGUGCCGCGUUCGACGACAGUGGAUGCGGCUACGUACGUUCUGAAGCGGUAGUGGCCGUGCUGCUGCAGCGCCGGCGCGACGCGCGCCGUGUGUACUGCACUGUUCGAGGCGUUGGCAUCAACAACGACGGCUACAAGGAGCAAGGGAUCACGUACCCCACGGGUGCCAUGCAGCGUCGUCUCGCGCAAGAGACUUUCGAAGAUGCUCGCUUGCAACCGCAGGACGUUGUCUACGUAGAAGCACAUGGCACUGGUACGAAGGCGGGUGACCCAGAAGAGGUAAAUUCGAUUGCAGAGCUGUUUUGCAAGGACCGACGGACGCCGCUGCUUCUUGGCUCGGUCAAAUCUAACAUGGGUCACGCGGAGCCGGCCUCAGGGCUGUGUUCCAUCGCCAAGCUGGUGAUAGCCAUGGAGCGCGGUGUAAUACCCGCCAACCUACAUUUCAAAACACCUAAUAAGAAUAUACCUGCGUUCAGAGACGGGUGCAUACAGGUCGUAGACAAAAACACGGAAUGGCAUGGCGGUCUGGUGGCGGUAAACUCUUUUGGAUUUGGAGGCUCCAACGCGCACAUGAUCUUGGAAGGAGGAUGUGGCGCACGGCCGCCACCCGCCGCGUACCCAGCACCGCGGCUGCUGCUCGCCUCGGGCCGCACCGCUGAAGCAGUCGAGUGCAUGCUCCAACUGGCCGUCGCUCACCCCUGCGACGCAGAGCUGCACGCUCUUAUAGACGCCGUGCAUGCGCGCGCUAUACCCGGGCACUUGCACCGCGGGUACGCCGUACUGAGCCCAACAUCUCUACAACUCGAGGUGCUAGAGAGCGAAGCCGAGCCGCGCCCGAUCUGGUUCAUGUUCAGCGGCAUGGGUUCACAAUGGGCUGGCAUGGCGCGUGCACUGCUACGCGUACCGGUGUUCGCGGCGAGCAUCGCACGGACAGCAGCGGCGCUGGAACCCCACGGCGUGAAUCUCCUGCACUUGAUAACAGACGCACCGGGUGCUGCUUUCGAAAACGUUAUCAACUCUGGAGUCUCUAUCGUUGCCGUGCAGGUGGCGCUGGUAGACGUGCUGCGCGAGCUGGGCGUACGACCAGACGGUAUCAUCGGACACUCUGUCGGAGAAGUGGGAUGCGCUUACGCCGAUGAGUGUCUGAGUGCGGAGCAAGCCGUGAUGUGCGCUCUGUGGCGCGGGCGCAGCAUCGUGGACGCCAGGCUGCCCCCCGGGGCCAUGGCCGCAGUCGGCCUCUCUUGGGAGGACGCCGUGCGCCGCUGCCCCGCGGACGUCGAACCAGCCUGCCACAACUCUGCAGACAGUGUCACAGUCUCGGGCCCGCCAGCCUCAAUAGAAAAGUUCGUGGCCGAGCUGACUGCUGAAGGUAUUUUUGCACGGCGCGUCAACAGCUCGGGCGUGGCGUUCCACAGCUCGUACGUGGUAGGCGCCGCACCGCAGUCGCUCGAACGCCUGACGCAGCUUAUCCCUGCGCCGAAAAAACGCAGCGCGCGAUGGCUCUCCUCCUCGGUACCACCGGUACACUGGGAAUCCAAGUUGGCUCGGAUGUGCGACGCUGCGUACUUCGUGAACAACUUAGUGUCACCGGUGCGGUUCGCGAGCGUGCUGGCAGUGGUGCCGGCGCGGGCGCUGCUGCUAGAGGUGGCGCCGCACGCGCUGUUGCAGGCCAUCGUGCGGCGUGCUCUGCCGGACGCGCUGCACGUGCCGCUCGUGCGCCGCGACGCGCCCGACUCGCUCGUGCAUCUGCUCGCCGCCGUAGGCAAGACCUACGCCGCCGGCGUACAACCACAGGUCUCGCGACUGUAUCCUCGUAUACCGUGGCCGGUGUCCCGUGGCACGCCCGCGCUCGCGUCGCAUGUCGGGUGGGACCAUUCCGUAGAGUGGAGCGUUGCGGAUUUCAAGACGACCAGUCGCAGCGAGACCGUCAUUGAGUACGACCUCGGUAGCUCCGGAGACGCCUUUCUCGCGGGCCACGACAUCGAUGGCAGAGUCCUCUUCCCUGCGACGGGAUAUCUUGCACUGGUGUGGCGUACGGUAGCAAAGAUAAACAAUCUAGAAAUGGAGCAGGCGGCGGUGGUGCUCGAGAAUGUACAUUUCCGUCGCGCCACCAUCAUGACCCACGAUGCGCCAGUUCGUUUCCUGGUGUCGCUGCUGAGCGGCUCCAGCGAGUUCGAGGUCUGCGAGGGUGGCGAGGUAGUGGCGACGGGCACGGCGCGCCUCGCCGCCGACCCUACCGCCGAGCGCCUGUCCGUUGCCGCGCUGAGCGCGUACGACACCGAGCCGGAGGACCUGCCGUCGCUGGACUCGGAUGACAUAUACAAAGAGCUGCGCCUGCGCGGCUACUACUACAAAGGCGCUUUCCGCGGUAUCGAGUCCUCGGACGCACGCGGCACGCGCGGAUUACUCAAUUGGGAGGGAAACUGGAUUUCCUUUAUGGAUACGGCGAUACAGUUUUCCCUCAUCGGCAAUGAAAAGCGAGUCCUAUAUUUGCCGACGCGUCUGCAGCGAGUAUUGAUAGACCCCGCGGCGCAGCGCGAGGCGGCGGGGGCUGCCGGGAGUGCGGUGCCGGUGCAGCUUUACCGCCACCUCAACGUCAUUGUCGCCGGCGGUGUCGAGUUCCGUGGCGCGCAAACCUCGUUGGCACCGCGCCGCACGAACGCCCAGGCGCCGCCGCGCCUCGAGAAGUAUGAGUUCGUCCCGCUGGACAACGCGGAUUAUGAGAACGCCUCGAGCGCGGUGCUGGGUGCCGCGUUGCAGCUCGCACUCGAGAACUGCAAUGUACUCACGCUGAGACUGGCCGAGCUCGCUCUGCGGCGGCCUGCGGACACGCUUCUACUGCCACGUGCAGUGCAAGUGUUGGGAGCGGAGCCCGGCGUCCGCGUGGACGCGACGCUGGCGGCCGGCGCGGAUGCCGUGCAGUACGCCGCCGCUAUGGAACCGCUCGGGAUAAAGUUAUAUAUUCAGGUGGCGAAGAGCGGCGAGUUGGAGAGCGGUUGCCACGUGGUGAUGGGCGUCAACGUAUUGGCGCGGCGCGACGUGCUGUGUUCACUGGCAGCGGCGAGCGGCGCCGACGGCUUCGUUCUGUUGGAAGAGACGACGAGCACAGUCGAUGACCCAGCGGUGCGGGCGGCCGCCGCCGCCGCAGGACUCACUCUGGUGUCGCGAAGCCGCUCCGCGUCGUACGAGUACGUGCUGCUGAGGCCCGCAGCGGCCGUGCCGGCAACCAGCGUCGUCGUGGAAGUGCGUGAAGACGACUACUCGUGGGUAGAGCGCCUGAAGGUCGCUCUGAAGCGCGCCGAGAGCGACGACCUACGCGUGUUCGUUUGGUCGCGCGCACCCGACUCCGGCGUGCUGGGACUGGGGACGUGCCUGCGGCACGAACCCGGCGGCGCGCGCCUCCGCGUGUACUACCUGCCCGAUGCGCCGCACGCGUUCGCCGCCGACGCGCCGGCGUACCUCGCUCAGGUGCGACGCGACCUGGCCUUCAACGUGCUGCGCGCCGGUGUCUGGGGUACCUACCGCCACUUGCCGCUCGAAGACACCGCGCCUGUCCAACGACAGGUGGAGCACGCGUACGUGAACACGCUGACGCGAGGAGACCUAUCGUCGCUGCGGUGGGUGGAGAGCGAGCUGCGCCACGCCGCGGCCGCACCGCAACCGCCGCGUACCGACCUGUGCCGCGUCUGCUACUCGUCUGUCAACUUCCGCGACAUCAUGCUUGCCACCGGCAAGCUGCCCCCCGACUCUCUCCCCGCUGGACUCGCUGAUAAGGAAUGUAUGCUCGGGUUGGAGUUCAGCGGGUAUUCAUCAACUGGCAAGCGCGUAAUGGGCAUGGUUCAGACGAUGGGAUUAGCAACCACGGUGCAAGCGGAUAAGACCUUCAUGUGGGAGGUACCGGAACAGUGGUCGCUGGAAGAGGCGGCCACAGUGCCCGUAGCGUACGCAACAGCGUAUUACGCGCUGGCAGUGCGCGGGCGCAUGCAGCGCGGAGAGGCCACGCUGAUUCACGCGGGUGCAGGCGGGCUCGGUCAAGCUGCCAUCGCCGUGGCGCUGCACGCUGGCUGCACCGUCUACACCACCGUGGGCUCGCCCGCCAAGCGCGCCUUUCUCCGCAAGCGCUUCCCGCAGUUGCCGGAUGCCAACAUCGGCAACUCACGCGACUGCUCCUUCGAGCAACUCGUGCUGCACCGCACGCGCGGCCGUGGCGUCGACCUUGUGCUCAAUUCGCUCGCGGGCGACAAGCUGCAGGCCUCACUGCGCUGCCUCGGUCAGGGCGGCCGCUUCCUUGAGGUCGGCAAGCUGGACCUGAGCACCAACACGGCGCUGGGCAUGGCAGUACUGUUGAAAAACGCAACGGUGCACGGUGUCCUGUUCGAUGCGUUGUUCGGCGAGGCUGGAGACCACCCGGAGAAAGCAGAGAUGAUCCGGUGUGUAAAAAGAGGCAUCGCCACUGGCGCCGUGCGCCCACUGCCCGCCACCGUCUACGCUAACGACCAGCUCGAGCAGGCCUUCCGGUACAUGGCGACGGGCAAGCACAUCGGCAAGGUUGUGAUUAAAGUGCGCGACGAGGAGCCGGCGAAUGAAAAGGCGAUGCCGCGGUUACUGCCCGCCAUGCCCCGCGUGUACAUGCAUCCUGAGAAGAGCUACGUGCUUGUCGGCGGACUGGGCGGUUUCGGUCUGGAGCUGUGCGAGUGGCUGGUGAGACGCGGUGCACGCACCGUCGUCUUCUCCUCGCGCAGAGGCGUGCGCACCGGCUACCAAUCCUGGUGCAUCCGCAGAUGGCGCUUGGCGGGCGUGCGCGUGCUGGUGUCGUUGGCGGACGCGGCGACGGCGACGGGCGCGCGCACACUACUGCUGGAGGCGGCGGCGGCGGCGCCCGUCGGCGGCAUCUUCAACCUCGCCGCCGUGCUACGCGACGCCCUCCUCGAGAACCAGACGCCGGAAACUUUCCGUGCUGUCGCCGAACCCAAGAUUGAGGUGACGCGGAGGCUGGACUCGACGUCGCGCGAGUUGGCGCCGGAGCUAGAGCACUUUGUAGUGUUCUCGUCGGUGUCGUGCGGGCGCGGCAACGCGGGCCAGAGCAACUACGGGCUCGCCAACAGCGGCAUGGAGCGGCUGGUGGAGCGUCGGCGCGCGGAGGGGCUGCCGGCGCUGGCAGUGCAGUGGGGCGCCGUCGGCGACGUGGGGCUCGCGGCUGCCUUGUUCGGGGACGCGGAGGUGGCCGGCACCGUGCCGCAGACCAUCGCCUCGUGUCUGCACACGCUGGACAAGCUCUUGUUGAUGCCGCACGCCGUGGCCUCGUCCAUAGUACACGCCGAUAAGCGACUCGCUCUGGACAAGCCCACACAGGACAUCGUGCAAGCUGUCGCCAAUGUGCUUGGCAUCCGCGACGUAAACAAGGUGUCCUCGACGGCGACCCUGGUGGAGCUAGGGCUGGACUCGCUGAUGGUCGCCGAGAUCAAGCAGGUGCUGGAGCGUGAAUACGACUUGGUGCUCGGCGUGCAGGACGUUCGCGCGCUCUCGUUCGGUCGGCUGCGAGGCCUGUCCAGACAGCGCGCGCCGAGCGCCGCCGCAGACUGCGCACCUCCCGCCGUCGCCGAGCUCAUGCCCUGGCGAGUGCUCGUCGAGCUGCCCUCACUUCCUCCUGCAAACGCCGAUGACAAGCCGAUAUUUAUGGUGCACCCGAUCGAGGGCGCGACAGAGCUGCUACGCGGCGUGGCGGAGCACGUGCGCGGCGCGGUGCUCGGGCUACAGUGCACCGCGGCGGCGCCGCUGGACAGCAUUGCGGCGCUCGCGGGCUUCUACGUGGAAAGCGUGCGCGCCGCGCAGCCACAGCCGCCGUACACGGUCCUCGGCUACUCGUUCGGCGCCUGCGUCGCCUUCGAGAUGGCGCUGCAGCUGGAGCGCGACGGCUGCGCCGUCCGCCUCGUGCUAGUCGACGGCUCGCCCGCCUACAUCGCCUCGCGCAUCAAGAACUCUACUAAGCAAAACUCUAUUCAAUCACUUCAACACGACGAUGCUAAUUUACUUGCCUAUUCUGGGCAAAUGUUUUAUGACUUAGACCCUGUUAUGACGGUGAGCGAGCUGGGGCCUCUGCCGGACAUAGAGGCGCGACUGACCCGUCUCAGCGAGAUUGUCGCCGCGCGCGGCACACGCGUGCACACCGACGAACUGCGCGCCGCGGCGCGCGCCGUCCUGCACAGAUUGAAGAUCGCCGACAGCUACCGGCCCGCCGCGCGGCUGCAGGGGCCCGUGACGCUGUUCAAGGCGCAGGAGAGCGUCGCGGGGGGCGAGGACUACGGCCUGCGGGCGGCGUGCGCCGGCGAGCUGAGCGUGCGCCCGCUGGCCGCCUCGCACCGCGGCAUCGUCACCGGCGACGCAGCACGCGCCAUCGCCGACCACGUGUCCGGUCUGCUCGCGCGACGCUGAGCGAGCCGUCUUCAUCCAUAAUUAUACAGUUGCCAGAUCACAUGCUGCUAUGGUCUUACUAACCUUCUAGUUAUUACUCGUUGUCAGCGGCAUCCACAUUAAUGGAAAAUGCAUAUCAAGAAAAACGUUCUAUCUUUUUUAUGUCCGAGACUUGUAGGCAAACUUUUAGUUUUUUUUUAACUUAAUGUGCUGUAUUGUAUUUCAAGAUGUAUUCGGGUAGGUACUUUCAAGUCACCGUAAUUCCAAAAAUCUCUCAUAAUUCAAUCAUGUCAGAGUUCAUUUUUGAAACUAUCCGAGAUACGAGAGUAAUAGUUCGGAAUUACCGAAAACACUUUACCGUGUUGCGCGGACCGGAAAACCCCUUCUUUACCUUAAGCGGUUUUGGGCCUUAAGCCAUUCGAAAAUUAAACGUUUAUUUGGGUUAGGGUUUGUUCGACUUAACUUGUUUACGGGGUAAGCAUAAUCGAAUAAAUCGAUGAGCUAUGAUAAUAAGGAUCAAUAUAUUUUGCGUUGAGUUCGUAACCGCUUACCACUAAAACCCUAAACAGGAUUCUGACUGUGAGUUAACUCGAAUUAAUUUAAACGUUCGGGUUAGUUGCUUAAGCAAUAAGCCGUUGAUAUGCUUAACCAGAAUAACAUGGUUUACCAAAACCAGCGUUAUAAAAUCCCGCUUAAAAACCCUGGUAAGCGGUUCCGGUCCCUGCCGUAGAUACUGCUGUGACACGCGCAACUCCGUUAACUUAAGCUACAUGAUUUAUGGAUAGUCUAAAUCCUCUUUAAAACCGUAUAAAUAUAUAUAGUGAUGGUUAAGUCUCAAGUCCAUUGAGUCCCCUGCUUUAAGACUCGACUCUGUUUUUCAGAUACAUAUAAUCACGCUUAUUUCCACGGAUUUCCACUUGCUACGAUCCUGAUAUACCUCUUUCGCUUCCUUCACUUUCAUGACAUUCCUCAUACACGCUCGUCGGUUUAGGAUGCUCUUGACCUGGCCUUUCUUGAGGAUUUCCCCGAUUUGAUCAGAAAAAGUCCGCCGAGCCUCUGGCCAAAUACUUUUCGGCUAUGCAUCGCAGGGAAAAGACUUGAUCCGUACAUCCCAUACCCUUUCGGAAUCCCGCUUAUGCAUCCCAUACUUUCUCAUCGGUUUCUUUCACUACUCUUUAAAUCAAUAUCUUUGCAUACAAUUUGCCGACGACGCUGAGUAAGCUAAUGCCUCUGUAGUUUUUGCAAUCCAGUUGUGAUCCCUUUCCUUUGUAAAGAGGUACAAUGACAGCCUUACACCAGUCCCGGGCACUUGGCCGGUUCUAAAGCACAUAUUGAAAAGGCGAUACAACUGAGUUGCUACAAUGCCCUGUCCAGCUUUCAGCAUCUCGACAGAAACUUUAUCAUAUACUGACUAUAUCAUAUCAUGCUAAUACUAUCUUCAUUCUCCGACACAUAUGCAAUGCUUUCAUUCAACUCCGAAAUUGGCGGGUUUGCCUCUUCUCUAUCAAACAAACUUUCAAAAUAAACUUUCCUUCCAUCUUUUUAAGAUGCAUUCUUCCUCAUUCACUAAUCUUCCAUUCUUGUCUUUAAUUGAGUUUAGCUUAGAAUUCUGGGUGUUACCCUUGGCCAAACGAAUAGACUUCCAGAAAAACUUUAUAUUUGCCUGGAAAUCUUGAGACAGCCUUUCCUCCAUUUUAUCUUUCUGUUCGUCUUUCUUUCUAUCGGCUCAUUCUUUUACUAAUACUUUCAUUCUUUUAUAAUCCUUUUUGCUUCACUGACUUCGUCAAAUGAAGCUGUGUGAUUUCUUUGCUUAGCUCUUGUAGCUAACCAAUCCAACCACAACUUUUUCUUCUCACACACUGCUUCUUGCAGUUCUUGAUCCCACCAAACAUUCUUCUCCUUUUUUCCUUUGUGCCUCUUACUUACUCCACAUACUUCACUUGCCACACUUACUACUUUAUUUUUAAAACUAUUCGACAAUUGUUCAGUCUCACUAAUCUCAUCCAUACCUUCAAAUUCGGUUUUUAAUCUACUCUUAUACUCAUCAUUGACUCCUUCAUCUUGCAAAUUCUCCACUUUUAUUCUUUUUAAAUCGGCAGUAACUGUACGGGGUCACACAUUCUUCCUAAUUCUUUCAUCCACUAUCACAAAGUCAAUCAUACUUUUUCUUACAUUUAAUGAGGAUUAAUUCUGUCCUUGACACUUUUAUAUAUAUAUUAUAGUUUUCGUGAGAAUGUCUAAAAAACACCAACGGGGACACAUUUCAAGGUGUGGGGGUUUGAAAACUAUAUUAAUUUGUUUGUCAGAAAACGUAUAUUUACUCUACUAAUUGUAAUGUCCGAGCUUGUUAGAGUCGAGCCUACCGCGAACGCCGAAGUUCGCAAAUUGCAAGCUUCUUUCUCCCGUCACUCUUAACUCAAACCAUCCAUGUAUAAAAUAUGGUACCUGUAAAACAAUUUUUGACUACAAUACGUUUUCAAUAGUUUUUUCCCCGCUUGAUAUAUAUUUUUUAAUUUAAAAAUUAUGGCGUUACGAUGCCUGACAUAGGUUGAAAAUAAAUAAAUGGCGGCAAUUGGCGGCCCAGUGGCCUAUGGAACUCAAAAAUGGUCACGUUUUUAUCAUUUGUAGUCUGCCUCUUUCGCACUCAUGGUAUGUUCAUAUAAGUCAUGGCUUCCGUUUUACACACGUGAACUAUGCAUCAUUGAAGAGUUCCGUUCUGUUCAUCAUCAGCAGUUCCACUUCAUCAAAUGUUACUUUUUUAAAUGUAAAUGCUUGAUUUGUUAAAGAAAAUACAAAAAGCACUAUAUGUAUGCCUUUCAUAUUUGAAGAGUUCACUCGAUUCCUCAUGGACCCCAUCGUCAGAACUCGAACUUGACAAAAAUUUGUUUUGAAAAUUUAAUUUGCUUAGCAAACACAGCGAACAGGAGAAAUCGCCAAACGUGUACUAUGCGUCGUUGAAGAGUUCCAUUCUGAGUAGUUCCACUUCAUCAAAUGUCACUUUUUUAAAUGUAAAUGCGAACUUGACAAAAAUUUGUUUUGAAAAUUUAAUUUACUUAACAAACACAGCGAACAGGAGAAAUCGCCAA